AUUUACGUAUUUAAGUAAUUUAAGUGAGACCAUCAAGACGUGAGUUUCCACAACUUAGAAUUCAGUUAGAAACAUUUAAACUUAACUAUUUUGUGAACAAAAUGUGGUUAAAGUUACUUCUGUUGUCAAUUCUCUGCUGCAAUAGUAUUUUGACAACAUCAAUCGAUGUGGGCGGAGUGUUAUCUGGUAAUCGCAUGGCUGGCGUGCCUUUAGGCCGGUCGCUUGGCGACGGCGAACUGGACGUAGAAGGCAUAUGCGCGGAGCCCGGCAUGGCUUGCCAGAACUGCACACAUGCAGUCACAUGUGUACCUCUCCCAUAUGGCUACUUAAAGGUUCCUCUUCAAGUAUGUUCAAACGGGCAGACAUGUAAUGCACACAAGGGGGGUUGCUCCGAGAAGGCCGUGCCCGAGUGUCAACCUACCACGCAGAAACACAAGCAUUCCUGUGAACAGGUGGGAAUAUUCCCGGACGCUUACGAUUGCCGUAAGUUCCACCUCUGCUCACCAGCCGAGGGUCUACCUGAUGGAAGGCCGGCAGAUCACAGAGCAGCAUUGUGUCCCAGACACUAUGGAUACAAUCCCCAGUACGCGCAGUGUUCGAUACGUCUAUCGAAUGGACAAUGCAGUGAAAAGCCAGUACCAGAUUGUAAAGCAGUGGGAGAGACUGGACCUUUACCUAAAAGUCCGAACCAUUACUACGUCUGUCUACUAAAACGAGGCAUCUUACAUCCUCAAGUGUUCAUCUGCCCACACGGAUGGUACUUUUGGGAUGGUUUCUGUAGACCUGAACCACAGGAAUCUGUCUCAAUAGAGAAAACAACUAAUAGAAACUCUCAGUUAGAUAAUAAAUAUGUAACAGAACCAGAAACGACGGUAAAACCUACGACUAGUAAAAUUGAAGGUUUCUUCUCAACAGAGAAAGCGGCAUCGUAUCCUCCCGAUACAUUCUUAGCUGAUAGAUUUGAUUUGAGUAACUACGAAACGACAGACGAUGUGGUGCCACAGAACGAAUAUGCCAAUUCAUUUGAAAGUAAUGAUUUUUGGUGAAUAAUCAUCUAGAAAUAUAAACUAGCUUUCGCCUACGUAUCCGUUCGAGUGGAAUUAAAUAAAAACAAAGUAGUCUGUGAUCUUCCAUACUAUCCUCUACAAAAAUCCCAAAUUUCUUCGAGAUCCUUCAUCAGUUUAUGGUACAGAUUCUAACAAACAUCCAUCUAAACUUUCGCAUUUAUGAUAUAAGUAAUGUAAUAAUAUUAAUAAAGAUAAAGCUUUAAAAUGUCACUACAAAAUCAUUUUAUAAAAUAAAAUUUACUAACUAGUA